UCCAGGAAUCCGUCAAACACCCCGAAAACGAAUUGACAUUUCAUUUUUACGAUUCUAUCACGAAGUUGCCAGUUAAAAUCACCAUGAUGGCUAUUUCGACAAAAAUGUCGAUGAAAUUAUUGACUAUUUUCACAUUGAUAUUAUUUCAAUCAAAUCGAUUUAUUGAUUGUCGAUCAACAGAUGAGGAUUCCGACGGUCAAGAUCGAAAACCACAAGGAUGGUUAAUCCAUAAUAAAAAAUAUGAUAUUAAUGAACAAUUUAUGUCAAAAAAUUUUGGUCAAUUAGAAUUUGAUCGUCGUACCGGGCAACAUCCACCAAAAGGAUCAAUAGUAUCAUGUUCGAUUGAUUGUUUCGAACAACCAGAUUGUCAUUGUAUUGAAAUCAAUAAACAAAAUGGACAAUGUAGAUUUUUAGGUCGAAAUGAUUUACAACCAAAAUUUGAUGAAAAUAAUCAAACAAAUUUUCUUUAUUUUACACGUGAUUAUUUGGAUGGACGUAAUCAUAAUCGAAUCGAUAUGACCAAAAAAGCAAAACGUACCGUAUCUGAAUCAAACAUUCAAUAUGAAUUUAAAAAAUCAAUCUAUAUGACUGGUUUUAGUUUUCAACAAACAAAACGUUCAUCAUCAUCGCUAAUUCCGUUUGAAAUUCGUGUUCACAAAAAUGAACCAUUGAAACGUAAUGAUGGAAAAUCCACUGGCAACAAAAAAAAGGAUGAUUCGAAUGCGGAUGUUACGAAUGUUGUGGAUGAUAAUGGAAAUUUAUGUUAUCGUUAUGAUUAUGGAUCAUCAUUGACAACCCUAGAUUAUCAAUCAUUGGGGAAAAAAUCCACUUCAACUACAAAUCGUAAAUGGAUUCGUUGUCAGCCAUGUGGAUUGAGUGGACGUUUUAUAACAUUAUCCGCAUCCAAUGGAACAACCAAAACAACCAAAAACAACAAUGAUAAUUGGCCAUUAGAAUCAUUAAGAAUUUAUGGUUAUUUUAUGGAAUGAAAAACAAGGAAAACAUCCUUUACUUUUUCUCACAUUUUAGCAAAUAUAGCCGCAUCAAUUUCUAUCUAAUCAACAUGCGUGAUCUUCGUAUCUCUCACUCUCUC